AUGGCGAUGGUGCAUCUGGAUGACAACAACAACGGCAUCGUUGAAGACCGAAAUUUGUCAUCGGGCGGUUCAAGGUGGUGGGAUAUUGACGGACCGGUGCCGGAUUCUAACGAUAACAGUGGCAUCAACCGUAACUGGUUUCCUCAAGACUUCCUAUUUGGAACUGGAACUUCUGCCUUUCAGGAAGAUAUUGCGAUGAUGAAGCAAAUGGGGUUUAAUUCUUAUAGAUUUUCCAUUUCAUGGCCAAGAAUUUUGCCAGAAGGAAUCAACAAAGAAGGAAUCAACAAAGAAGGAAUUGCUUACUAUAAUGAUGUUAUCAACAAGCUGUUACAACAUGAUAUAAAACCAUUUGUGACACUAUUUCAUUGGGACCUUCCUUUGUGUUUCGAGAACGAGUAUGGUGGCUUCUUAUCGAACAUAGUCAAGGACGAUUUCCUUGAGUUCGCAGAGGUAUGCUUCUGGGAAUUUGGGGAUCGCGUGAAACACUGGACAACCUUGAACGAGCCAUGGACCUGUGCCGUGAAUGGAUACGUUCGAGGUGUCUGUCCACCCGCCUACAAAGUUCCCAUACCGGGCGACAAACUUUCCACGAAGAUCGUCGGCGUCCCACCCCUCGACUCCAAGUUCAUCGUUGCCGACCCCUCCGAGGCAUACACUGCCGCAAAAAAUCUUCUCCUUGCACACGCAGAAGCAGUCGAUCUCUAUCGAAGCAAAUUUCAAGAGGUACAAGGAGGGAAGAUAGGCAUAGUGCUAAAUGAGUUAUCUCUACUAUUUUUUCGAUGAGUUAUAAUAUCCACUUAGUUUUUAUUUUUUACUUUAUAUUCAUUCUGCACUAAAGAGGGGAAAUGAGUACACUGGAACAAAGGUAAUUACUAAU